GGAGGGAGAGCGAGCGCCAUGCUGGAGGGACUGGCGGCCUGGGUGCUUAACACUUACAUCGGCAAAUACGUCAACAACCUCAACACCGAUCAACUGUCCAUCGCCCUCCUCAGAGGUGCGGUUGAGUUGGAAAACCUCCCUCUGAAACGAGAUGCCCUGAAGGAGUUGGAUUUACCCUUCGAGGUGAAGGCAGGUUUUAUUGGAAAAAUAACUCUCCAGAUCCCCUUCUAUCGACCUCAUGUGGAGCCGUGGGUCAUUUCCAUUUCCAGGCUCCACCUUAUUGGCGCACAGGCAAAACUCACAGAAUUUGAUGAAGAGAAGGAGAGCUUGGCGGGCUGCGAGAGAAAGCGAGCAGUGCUGGAGGCUCUGGAGGCCCGCUGGAAGAGUGAACAGCAGCAGAAAGGGGAAUCCUACUGGUACUCAGUCACUGCCUCCUUAGUGACCAGAAUUAUAGAGAAUGUGCAGCUGAAGGUGCAAGAUGUUCAUCUGCGUUUUGAAGAUGAUGUGACCAGUCCCGAGCACCCCUUUGCGUUCGGAUUCUGUAUCAAGAGCGUGUCUAUGCAGAAUGCUGAGGACGAGCCGGUUGAGAAGUCCAUGAGGAAGAAGAGGCUCCAGAUUGAGGAUUUCAGUAUUUACUGGGAUGUGGACUGUGAAUUACUGGGUGACCUGCCUCCCUCUGAAGUCCAGGAGGCAAUGGAUUGUUGCCUGGAGAACCGAAACCACAAGUAUGUGCUGGAGCCUGUUUGCGCCUCUGCCCUGUUAAAGCGAAAUUGCUCGAAGGAGUCUCUUCGCUCUCGCAGUACCCCACGCAUCGAGUGCAGUGUCAAGCUGGAGACCAUCCCACUGAAACUGUCACAGGUGCAGUACCAGCAAUUGGUGACAUUCCUGAAGGAAAUGGAGAGGAAAGAGAGGCAACUCCGACUGAGGAAAUGGAGGCCAAAAGUUGCCGUUGCAGAAAAUUCACGAGAGUGGUGGAUCUUUGCACUGAACGCUAAUCUCGCUGAGAUCCGUGAGCAGAGGCUGAGAUCAAACUGGUCCUUUGUGUUGCAACGAGCAAGGGACGCUGUCUUCUACACAGAGAAAUACUAUCAGAAGCUGAAAGGGGGUCUGAUUACCCCUGAGGAGGAGAAAGAGCUGGAGAGGAUCGAGGACGAGCAGACUUUGGAGGAGCUGAAGAUCCUGCGGGAGAUUGUUCAUGAGCACUUGAGGAAGCAGGACGAGCUGGCAGAGAGUGUGCGUGAGCCUGUAUCAGACCCGCCGACGGCUUGCCCUCGCACAGACCCAGUUGCCGGCAGACGUAGCGGAGUGAUCAAGUACCUGCAGUCCUGGUUCCCUGGGUGGGGUGGGUGGUACGGCUAUCACCACAACCCUCAGCAGGUGGGCGAGGGCAUCACCAUUGAGGGCCUCACAGCCGAAGAGCAGCAGUGGAACCCCGAAGAGGUGCUCGCUGCUGAUGAGAUCUUUGACCCAAUGGCUGACACAUCGAGUAUGAACACAAUCACGAGAAGGGACCACGUGUUUGCUAAGCUGAACUUCUUGCUGCAGAGUGGCACCGUGAGUCUCCUUCGACACGUGAAGGAGACCACACUGGACGUCAAAGAGGCAGCUUUCGUGGAACUGGAGUUCUCAGGAGUGAAGAUUGGAGUGGAGUCUUCGCCUCGCACAGAAUCCACUCUGUUCUCAGUCCAGCUAGGUGGUCUGUUUCUGCGAGAUUUGGCAACACAGGGAACAUUAUUCCCUGUUCUUGUCUCUCCCAAGCCGGAAAAGGAUGCUGGGAGCUUAUCACAAACCCUGGGUCUGCACACUGCUUCAGCUGAGACUCCCAGUCCCAACCCAGGCAAGAUGCCUCCUGUCUUCGAAAUGAUUUACGAGAAGAAUCCAGUGCGGAGUAAUUAUGAGAGGAGGCUGGAAGUCAGCACUCGACCCCUCAAUAUUAUCUACAACCCCCAGGCGAUCAAGAAGGUGGCUGACUUCUUCUACAAGGGCAAAGCGCAUUCCGCAGGCUUUGCGUAUCAGUCGGAGCUUGAGCUACGGGUGGCAGAGGCUGCCAGGAGACAAUACAACAAACUGAAAAUGCAGACAAAGGCUGAGAUCAGGCAAACCAUUGACCAGUUGCUGGAGGGAGAGUUCAUUGAGAAGGAUAAACGCUGGCUUAUGAAGUUGGACAUCUCUGCUCCUCAGGUGAUCUUCCCAGACGAUUUCAAAUCCCCAGAUUCUGUACUAGUCGUCAUGGAUCUCGGACGAAUACUGCUGACAAAUUUGCAAGAGGAAUCCAAAGUUAAAGCCAAAACCAGGCUGUCAUUGAAAGAAGAUGAAUUCAGUGAUGAUGAAUACCAGACCCCGCUCGCCACACCACCCAACACGCCUCCCCCCGAGCCCACCGCCAAGACUCCCAACAUUGUUGGCAUAGGUUUCACUGAGGAGCAGCUUCAGGAACGCUUUCUCAACAAUAAGCUUUACGAGAAAUACUCGCUAUCCUUCAUGGACAUGCAGAUUAUGGUCGGGCGAGUGAAGGACAAUUGGAAGCACGCUCAAGAUAGCGAGGUUGGGCCAACGCAUGUUGUGGAGAAGUUUAACGUGCUGCUGCAACUAGAACGGAGAUUAAUGUACACCUCAGAUCCAAACCGCCCCAGCGCCAUGCUAUCGGGGACUCUGCCCGAUCUCAAAAUCCACGUAAACGAAGACAAAAUCGUAGCUUUGAGCAACUUUUUGUCCAGGAUGACAACGGCCGAGACGCCGCAGACCUGGGCAGAGCCGCAAUCGUUGAGGCGAGAAAAGAUCUUCACUAAAGAGGGGCGUCAGGGAAAGCUGCUGGACUCCAGGAUGAGCCUGACUCAGAGCGUGAUAGCUCUCGAGCAGCACACCCGAGAGAUGCUGGUGGAAUCCAAGCUACUGCUGGCCGAGUUCAGAGUAAACUACAUGCAACUGGGGGUGGAGAGCUGCGGUCGGUACAUCUCGGUGCUGAAGGUCUUUGGCAUCAACUCCAACUUUGUGAAGAGGCCCUACGACACAGAGGUGACGCUGACCGUACAUGGGCUGCUCCUGGUGGACACCGUCCAGACGUACGGCUCUGACUUUGACCUGCUCAUGGCAUCCCACAAGAACCUGAGUUUCGACGUUCCCACCGGAAGCCUCCGGGAUAGCGGGCCGCAGUCUCCCGCCUCCCCUCUCCUGUCCCCUUUCCCUUUGCUCAAUACGGUGCUCAACAACACCAUCUCGCCGGAUAAGAGCAAAUCCUCCCAGUUGCCAGGUGAACAGGUCCCUUCAGUAUUUUUUGCUCAGGACCAAGAUGUCCUGAUCAAACUGGAAUACCAGUUUGUGAGCUCCGACUGUCCUUCCAUGAACCUUGACAGUUCUCUGCAGGUCAUGUCCCUGCAGGUCAAUAACUUGGACAUCAUCCUCAACCCAGAAACCAUGGUGGAACUCAUCGGCUUCCUACAGAAGUCAUUUCCCAAGGGGAAAGAGGAUGCAAGUCCUCAGCCACUAUUGAAUGAUGCGGAAAUGGAUUUUGGGGACAAGGAAUCCAUUCAGUCCACCUAUGAUCAGAACACUGAGGUGGCCGUUGAAAUCCAUCGGCUUAACGUACUGCUCCUCCGGACCGUGAGGUUAUCAAGCGGUGAGAAAUUAGGGCGGAAGAUCGCAACCGCGAGCAUCAACGGCACCAAGGUCAACGUGUCUAUGGGUAGCCGGUUCGAGGUCAAUGGAUCUCUCGGCUGCCUCCAGCUGGUGGACUUGACCCAGGAUGAUGUGAAGAACCACUUUGUGGUGAGCAUUGGGAACACCCAAGCCUACGAGACUGUCAGCGACUUUGGUUUCUUUGGGCCUGUCUUCAUGAGACCCGAGAGCGAAGGGAAUCUCAGUGAAGCACUGAGCUUUAAGCUGCUCGAGAAAUCCCAAGAGGAAUUCUCGCUGAAUCUGCACAUGGCAUCUUUGCAUUACAACCAUUCGCCCAAGUUCCUGAAGGAGCUCAGCUUGUCCAUGGACGAGCUGGAGGACAACUUCCAGAACAUGCUGAAGAGCGCGGCUUCCAAAGUCUCCACCGUCCUGGUGAACAAGACAGCAGAGUACAGUGAGAUGGUCAUGCUCUUCGAGCUGCCGCGGAGGUCCCGGGAGAUGUUCACCUUUGAUUACGGUGAAGAACUGACUUCUGGGAUGGAAUCCCCGCGGCAGAAACCAAUCAAGCUCAUCUUAAACAUCAACAUCGAGUCGCCGGUGGUCGCUAUCCCACGGAGGCCAGGCAGCUCAGAGCUGCUGGUGGGUCAUCUGGGCCGAACGUCCAUCCAGAACUUUGUGACGGGUGAGGACGACUCUGAAAGGGAUCGGCUACAGGUGGAAAUCAAAGAUAUCAAGCUCUACUCUCUGAACAGCAGCACUCUAGGUGGGCCCCGUGGCUCCAGGGGAGACGGCAGUGAAUCGUCACGGCCAGGCUCGGGAUCUGCCAGCAUCUCCAGCCAGGAGGAGGUCCACUUCACCCGACAAGACUUCUUUGAAUCCGUACACAAGGGUCAGGCCUUUCACAUCCUGAACAACACUACAAUCCAAUUUAUCUUGGAAAAAAUUCCACUGGAGUUGGAUCAACAUCUAUCCUUCCCAAGUCUGAGCUCUCCUGACUCCUAUGAGACCACCAGUAAAAUGAAGAUCGAGGGGAAGUUCGUCAAUCCUCUUAAGGUGACGUUUGCAAAGCACGUUUAUGAGCAGGUGCUGCAGACAUUGGAUAACCUGACGUACAGUGAGGAGCUCAGCAAAAUGCCACACAGCUCGGCUGCUGCCACGCCAGACCCGCUCAGCACCUCCUCAGCACUGAGAAGCCCCAAAUUCUCGGACCUCCAGCGGGAGUGGAAAGAGAGCGGGCUCUUCGGCCGAGUCAGUUACCCAUCGACGCCGGUCGACUCGUUCCCAAUCCCAGAGUCCAGAUCCUUCACCCAGAUUCAAGCCAACUUCUGCAUCCCGGAGCUACAAGUGCAGCUGUGCGGAGAUCUGACCCUGGGAGCUCAAGGCCUGAUUAGUUUAGUGUUCCAGGACUUUGAAGUGGAAUUCAGUAAAGAUCAGCCUCACACACUGUCCAUUCAGAUCGCCUUGCGUUCCCUGCUGAUGGAGGACUUGCUGGAAAAGAACCCCAACUCUAAACACAAGCGUCUCAUGGUGUCACGAGGGGCCCCCAAAGCGUCCAGCUUCACCCACAAAGAAUACCUCUCACAGUCCUGCCCGUCCACCUCCAACGCCAGGUACCCAGAGAUGCCACGUUCCCUGCCAGCCCACGUAGAGGAGGUGCAGAAUGUCUUCCAGUUCUACCAGAGACCAACGUCCACAACCCGGCGGAAGCCAAAGGAAGAGCAGGACGAUUACCCCUUAACCCCGCCACCUUCCCCCACCUCGAGGAGCUCCAGGGCCCCCGGCAACCCAACCAACUUUGACGAUUCGCUCGUCCACAUCAACAUGUUCCUGGUGGACAGGAAGCACCCAGAAUUUGCCUCACGCUACGGCAGGAUCAACCGCAACGUGGACGUGGACUUCAACUGCCUGGACGUACUGAUCACUCUGCAGACCUGGGUGAUGAUCCUCGAUUUCUUUGGCAUCGGCUCAACGGCCAACAACCACGCAGUGAAGCUGCCCGCUGAGGAGCUGCACCAACUCAGCAAGUCAGAGGCCAGCCACGUCCUGCCAGCCCCAGGCCAGGAGCCCAGCAACACCAAACUGGACUUGAAGGUUCACUCGCUGUCUCUGGUGCUGAACAAAAAGACAAAUGAAAUUGCCAAAGCCAAUGUGUCCAAGCUUGCCGCGCACCUGGACUUGAUUGAUGGGGACUUUGCCCUGCAGGGAAGCCUGGGGAGCCUUUCACUCAGUGACCUGACCCCUCAUGGCGAGCUGUACAGAGAACGCUUCACCACCAGCGGCAAGGAGGCUCUCGUGUUUGACAUUUACAAGUACGGCAAAGCGGAUGCCAAGCUGAAGCGGGAGUGUGACGUGCGGGUGAGUCUUCAGAUGGCGUCAGUACAGUAUGUCCACACCCAGCGUUUCCAGGCCGAGGUGGUGGCUUUCAUUCAGCACUUCACACAGCUACAGGACGUGCUGGGACGGCAGAGAGCUGCCAGCGAGGGACAAGCGGUGCGAGAUCGGGCUCAGAGAGCCUCCCGAAUUCUCCUGGACAUCGAGGCUGGAGCUCCCGUUCUCCUGAUCCCGGAGAGCUCAAAGUCCAAUCAGCUGAUCGUGGCAAACCUCGGGAAACUGAAAGUGAAGAACCAGUUCUUGUUUGUCAGAUCACCGGGUACAUUCUCCUUGCGAGACAAGGAUCAUGAGAGUUCCUCCAAGCCUCCUGAGAUGCCAGUACAAAACAUGAGGAAGAUGACCACUGCAAGUCAGCCUGACCUGACUCCCAGCCACCAGGACAGGAUGUCUAGCACCCCCACCUCCUCCAACAAAGCAGGUCAGCACAGGCUGAAAAGUGACUCUGAACUCAGGACGCUGGGUAGGUCACAGCAGGGGAAGCCUGAGCAGCCGCCCAUUGUAGAUCCAGAGGAAUCCGAAGGUUCAGAGGAACAUGUCUGCCUGCUGGACUGCAUCGUGGUUGAUCUGCAGGACAUGGACAUCUUCACUGCAGAGAGACGCUCCAGAGAGAAGGCUGCAGGUGCUGAGUGCAGCAUCUCAGAUAUCUUCUUCCCAUCCUAUCUUGUGCGCCAACUGGAUGGAAACGUGCUGAAAGAGCGAUGCUGGCUGAAGCUACAGGUGGAGCGAAACUUGGACAAGGAGAUUAGUCACGCUGUCCCUGACGUGUCUAUCCAUGGUAGCCUGUCGUCUGUGCACUGUUCGCUCGAUCUCAGUAAAUACAAAUUGAUCCGCGGAUUAAUUCAAAACAACUUGGGGGAGCCAAUUGAGGAGUUCAUGCGACCAUUUGACCUGCAGGAUCCCAGCAUCCAUACGGUUCUCACUGGGGAGGUGUACACAUCCAUGUCCUUUCUCAUUGACAUGAUGAAUGUUAGCUUGGAACUCUUGGAGUCGAAAAGCAAGAGUGGAAAUGGUAGUUCACUGGCAAGGUUUGAUUUUAAAAAAUCCAAGCUCCUCUAUGAGAGUUUUUCAAAUGCAACAAAGUCUGUAAAUCUGGUGUCGCACUCGAUGAUGGCACAUGACACACGGAGUCCAGGACAAAUGAUGAAUCCUGACCUCAAGCCAAAUGUAUUUCAGUGCAUUUUGGAUGCGUCAAAGAGUAGCUGCAACCGAGGUUCACUGCAAAUGGAGCUCCAUUACAGAUCAACCAGAGAUGCUUCCUGUUUCACCGUGGUCCUCAACAACCUGCGAGUUUUUGUUAUAUUUGACUGGCUGAUGCUGGUGCGGGACUUCCUGCAAACGUCUAGCACUGGGAAGAAGCCAGACACAUCCUCGCCGGCCCGGGAACACAGGAACAACUGCAGCGAAAUCUUGAUUCCUCAAACUGUGAAGAGUGGAAUCAUUACCAAGAGGUCCUCUGUGCCAGCGCCCAGUGACAAGUACCUGGAAGUCAAAAUCAAUGUGACUGGUACUGAGUUUGUUGUGGUUGAAGAUGUCUCUUGCCUUGACACAAAUGCCGUGAUCCUCAAGGCAACCACGGUGCUCACCUACAAACCGCGGCUGGUGGAUCGUCCAUUCUCCGGCAGCUUGGGGGGGAUUGAGGUGUUCUCAUGCCGACUUGGAAAUGAACAGGAGACUGCCUUGUCCAUCAUCGACCCUGUGAACGUGCAGAUCGAGCUGAUGGGGAACCCCACCCGCCAGGAGAGCUCCGGCCUGCUGGACGCAUUCAGCAGCGAUGAUUUCCCACCAGUACUCGAGAUUCAGUUCUCGACCCUUGACAUCAGGCUGUCAUACAAUGAUGUGCAGCUGUUCCUGGCCAUUCUGAAGUCCAUCCCUAAGCAAACCACUGUAACGCCCAUGGCCUCUGAUCCCGAGCUUGUGAAUGGUGCCUCUUGCUCAGUCCGUUCAAGUGGCAAUUUGGCAACAGGAUCAGGGAAAAGAGAGACCAAACGCCAAAUAGACCCACUUCUUGAAUUGCAGCUGGAUCGCCUGCAGGACCUGGGCUUCAGUCUGGAAGAUUGCCGCAAAGCGCUGCUGACGUGCAAAGGUCAGCUGAACCACGCAGCUACAUGGCUGUUUAAGAAUGCCGAGCCAAUGUCAGCUGCCUUGGCUAGUGCUGGGGAGAGCCGGGGAGCCAACUCAGGGAUGCUGGUCUCGGGGGUCGAGGUGAAAGCCGAAAGUAUCUGUAUCUGCCUGAUUGACGACUGCAUGGACUGUGACGUUCCCCUUGCAGAGCUAACCUUUUCAAGGCUGUAUUUCCUGCAGAGAGUGGGGACAAACACAGGGGGCUCAGCCCAUUUCACCCUCUCUGGAGAUUACUACAACCGUGAGCUGUCAGGUUGGGAGCCGUUUGUUGAGCCCUGGACUUGUUUCCUGAGCUGGCAGCAGCAGGUGGCCAGUCGCCUUCACCCACCGCGCCUCAAGCUGGAUCUGCAGGCCAAACAGCGGCUCGACAUCAACAUCACAUCUGUGCUCAUAGAGCAGUGCAAAAGGACAAAGGCCUCCUGGAUCGCUGAUUACUGCAAACAGGUGGAAAAGGACAGCGGCAGCGCAGGGAGACUCCAAUGGAGGACAGGUGUAUACAUGGAUCCAUUAAUGCUUGGACAGAGCAACCCUCUUGCCUACCUUAGAACUAGAAGCACUGCCAGCCUGACUAACCUAGAACGCCAGAUUUUUGCCAGAGCGGAAAGCAAGAUGCCAAAGCGACGGCAGCCAUUUGUGCCUUAUGCACUCAGGAACCACACUGGUUGCACCAUGUGGUUUGCCACUCUAACCACAAGCCCCACCAGAGUGGCACUAUCACACAGCAGGAGUCCUGGCUACAUUCCUGAGACUUCUGGGACAGUCCUUGACGAUAUGCACAAUGUUAGCCAGUGGCAAGAGGUCCUCCCAGGAGAAGAAGUGCCUUUUAAGUUUGAAGCCAGGGAAAAACUACGACACAGACACACUCACGAGCUGAAGAUUCACCAGCUUUUAGUCCGCGUGCAUGGUUGGGAACAAGUCAGUCCAGUCUCCGUGGAUAAAGUUGGUGUUUUCUUCCGCUAUGCAGCUCCUGACCGAAACAGCCAGUCUUCCACGGUUGGGAGUCCCAUUAGCAAGACCAACAUCAUACACCCCCAUGUCUAUUUCUCGGCUUUGCCCCCGGUGCGGGUGGUGUUCUCGGUGACGUUGGAGGGCAGUGCCAGGAAAGUCAUAACUGUGCGCUCGGCACUGAUAGUGAAAAACAAGCUGGAGGUGCCCAUGGAACUCCGGCUGGACAGCCCUUCAGCUCCAGACAAGCCUGUGGUGCUACCAGCAGUGUUACCAGGAGACUCGUUAGCAAUCCCCUUGCAUCUAACGUCGUGGCGUCUGCAGACCAGGCCCAAGGCUCUGGGCUUAUUCUUCUGUAAAGCCCCCAUCCAUUGGACCAACGUCUCGAAAGUGGGUGAGGUGAACAGCAGCAAGCGGGAGUGCCACUCUGCUGAUUGCGAUGACAGCUGCUGCUACAGGUUUUGUGUCGCUAUUAAGAAAGAGAACUACCCUGACUACUUGCCUUUAAACAUGGUGUCUGGCAAUGCCAUGCAGGUGUUCCGACAGCCUGGCCACACAGUCUACUUACUGCCCACCAUGGUCCUAACAAACCUACUGCCCUGCGAGCUGUGCUACUACAUCAAAGGCACCUCCAUCAGUGGCCCGCUGAAACGAGGGAAGGAUGCAGUGCUGCACACAGCUGACACCUCACAGAACAUCGAGCUCGGAAUUACAUUGGAAAAUUUCCCCACGUGCAAAGAGCUUCUGAUCCCAGCAGGAACCGCUAACUACUACGUCCGUAUGCGACUCUACGACACCAAAAAGCGGCUGCUGAACUUGAGCAUUCGGAUCGUGUGCAGAGCAGAGGGCUCUUUGAAGAUGCUCAUCUCUGCCCCUUACUGGCUUCUGAACAAAACAGGGCUGCCACUCAUUUUCCGUCAGGACAACGCCAAGGCUGACGCCGCUGGGCAGUUUGAGGAGCACGAGCUUGCACGCAGCCUGAGCCCCCUACUCUUCAGCUUCGCAGACAAGGAACAGCCCAACAUGUGUACCAUGCGAGUCGGAAAGGGGAUUCAUCCCGAUGGAAUACCCGGCUGGUGUCAGGAAUUCUCUCCGGAUGGAGGGAGCGGGGUGCGAGCUGUGAAAGUGAUUCAGCACGGAAACAGGCCGGGACUCAUUUACAGCAUCGGUAUCGACAUCAGGAAGGGUAGAGGGCGCUACAGAGAAACCAACAUUGUGACCUUUGCACCACGGUAUCUGUUGGACAACAAAUCUUCCCACAAGUUGGCAUUCGCCCAAAGAGAAUUUGCCAGAGGCCAGGGAACCCAAAAUCCAGAGGGUUACAUCUCCACCCUUCCUGGCGCCAGUGUUGUGUUCCAUUGGCCGAGGAAUGAUUACGAUCAGCUGCUCUGUGUGCGCCUGAUGGACGUUUCCAAUUGCACGUGGUCAGGGGGCUUCGAGAUCAGCAAGAACAACUCAUUCCACAUCAACAUGAGAGAUACUCACGGAAACUGCCACUUCCUGCAUGUUGAGAUCACGCUGAAAGGAGCAACGUACCGGAUCGCCUUUGGGGACUCAGAGCAGCUGCCCCCACCAUUCCGCAUCGACAACUUCUCAGAGGUCCCAAUUAUUUUUAACCAGCAUGGGGUAGCGGAGCCCAGACUGAAGACAGAGGUGAAACCAGCCACCUCACUAGACUACGCCUGGGAUGAGCCCGUCCUUCAGCCUUUCAUCACACUGACAGUGAAGGGGGCAGGAUCUUCAGAAAUCACCUGCGACAUGAACGACUUCAAAGAAUCCAAACAGCUCUUCUAUGAGAAUUUCAUCUACAUUGCUGCUUCUCACACCUUCUCAGGAGUGGAGGAACCUUCCGGAAGACCAGUUGCACGAAGCUCGGGAAAUAAAAGCAUCAGCCGGGCAGAACUGGUCCUGGACAUCGUGUCUAAAACAGGCAGAGUGAUACUGAAGAAAAAGGAGCCGGGGAAAAGAUCACAACUUUGGCGAAUGACUGUCAGCGGGACCCUGUGCCACGAGGGCUCAUCUCCUCCUCACAACCCCAACAAACCCUCCUCCGGUAGACACAGUAACUCCGGGCUGGUGCUGGACAUUGCCAGCCUGGCGGGAGUUACAGAUAACAGCUGCGAGCCUCUGGUGCUGAAAAAGCCAGACAAGCGACGAGGCUCCACCCAGACCUGGUGUUUCCGGGAUGGGCAGCUUGCCUGUGGUAUGCCAGGAAUGGUGGUACAGGCAAAGGGCAGGGGUUCAGGCCUGUACGACGGGGCCGAGGUGGUCCUAGGCCCCGAGCCCUCCGCCGGGCUGUUAGAACCAGUACCAGCCGAGCAGCAAUUCAGCAACCAGAAACUGAGGCCGGGCUCCGGUGUGCUGGCAUUGAGGGUUAUUCCUGAUGGUCCAACACGAGUUUUACAGAUUACUGACUUACAGCAGCGCAGAAGCAAUCGUUCCCUCACAGGAGCUGAAGACUGUCUGACACCAGAAAUCAGCGAAGUUAGAAAGAUGAAGAAUCUGGAAGCAAAGCAAGAGCUGGAGGUUUUGGUGAAACUGGAUGGAGGGAUCGGCUUGUCUCUGAUCAGCAAAGUCCCCGAGGAGCUGGUGUUCACCAGUUUAACAGUGAUAGACAUUCAUUACACACAGACUGUGGGCAGCCAGAUGCUGGAGCUCAGCAUUCAGGACAUCCAGAUUGAUAACCAGCUCUUAGGAACAACACAACCUAUAUUGCUGUCCCUGACGCCCAAUAGUGUGGAAAAUGAGACGGAUUAUGUGGAAGCGGGACCUGCCGUACAGAUCAAUGCUAUGCAGAUCCCCAGCAAGAGCCCACUCACAGAGCUCUUCAAGCAUCUGAUGAUCACCGUGCGGAAGCUGUCGGUUCAGAUUGAAGAAAAGCUCCUGUUGAAGCUGUUGAGUUUCUUCGGUUUAGGACAGCUAGACCAAGAUGUGGAAAAGCCGGAUGAGAAUGCCCUGGAGCAUCACAGUGACCAAGGGGGAACCCUAAAACGCUACUACUUCGAAAACCUCAAACUCAGCAUGCCACAAAUCAAGAUGAGCGUUUUCACUUCCAACAAGCUACCGGCCGACCUCAAGGCUUUAAAGAGCGUGCUGGGGAUCCGCUUGAUCCGAUUUGAAGAUGCAGUGAUUCACUUGGACCCUUACACCCGAGUGCACCCGUACGAGACCCAGGAAUUUAUCAUCAGUGACAUUCUCAAGCACUUUAAGGAGGAGUUGAUGAGUCAGGCGACCCGAAUCCUGGGCUCGGUUGAUUUCCUGGGGAAUCCAAUGGGGCUCCUGAACGACGUGUCGGAGGGCGUCACAGGACUCAUCAAGUACGGGAACGUGGGAGGCCUGAUCAGGAACGUUACCCACGGGGUCUCCAACUCCGCAGCGAAGUUCGCUGGCACAUUAUCAGAUGGGCUGGGAAAGACAAUGGACACCAGGCACCAAGCUGAGCGAGAGUCCAUCCGCUAUCAGGCAGUGACUAGUGGUGAGCACCUGGUGGCUGGGAUUCAGGGCCUUGCUCAUGGUAUUCUUGGCGGCUUUACCAGCGUCAUCACCUCGACAGUGGAAGGCGUGAAAACAGAUGGCGGUGUCGGAGGCUUUUUCUCGGGCCUCGGAAAGGGAUUGGUCGGCACGGUGACCAAACCUGUGGCCGGUGCGCUGGACUUUGCUUCAGAGACCGCUCAAGCCGUACGGGAAACGACGACCAUGAGCAACCUGAGGACACAGAUCCAGCGAAUUCGAAAGCCCCGCUGCUGUAUCGGACCACACGGCCUUCUUCCCAGGUACUCAGAAAAGCAAUCCGAAGGACAGGAGCAGCUCUUCAGGCUGACUGACAACAUUCAGGCUGAAUUCUUCAUUGCGGUGGAGCAGAUCGACAGUUACAGUGUCCUCAUCUCCUCCAAGGUAGUGUACUUCCUAAAUCACGGCAAAUACAUCGACCGAGACGCCAUCUUCUUGGAGGUCAAAUAUGAUGACCUCUACCACUGCCUUAUCACCAAGGAUCACGGGAAGGCUUACCUGCAGCUGACCAAAAAGGCCGAGAAUUCGAGCAGUGGCGUGGCCAUCCCAGGGCCGUCACACAACAAGCCAAUGGUCCAUGUGAAGUCCGAGUCGUUGGCUGUGAAGAUCUCCCAGGAAAUUAACUACGCAAAAAGCCUUUAUUACGAGCAGCAGCUCAAGCUACAAGCCAAUGAGAGCCAAGAGCACCUGGAGCUGGACUCCUAGAGGCCUCCCGUCCCUAACCUCGCCCUCACCUGUACCCCAUCGCUGGCCAAUGGAGUGGGGGGAUCCCCAACAAACAGCACCAAGCGACGGGAAUCCGGCCCACCACCCCCACUGGAACAACUCCGGAUGAGUGUGAUGACUUUAUUUCCUUUUUUUGAUCGCUAUUUUGGUGAGCGAGCCUGGAGGAGGGAAAGGGUGAGGGGGAUGUGGUGAGGCAGUUUAUCACGGAAACUCGAUGGCAAAAAUUGAGAGGCUUCUGUCCAAAUUGUAUUUUACAUUUUAUAUAUUUACAACACACAAAAAAAAUUUAUGGCAACAGAAUAAGAAUUCUUUAUUUUACUAACCUGUACAUAGGUGUAAUAUUAUUUUCUUGUAAGUAUUCAGAAGGAUCUCAAGGACACAUUGUGUACAGAGGCUGCUGCUGUGUAAUGUAAUGUUUCAGAGCGGGUGCUGGCAAACUUGGUCACUUCCAUGACUUUAUUGCACUAAACAUUAAGCGGCAAUGCAACCCAGUUUGGUCAGGAGGGGCUUCCCCCCACUGCUUUCCACUCCUCUCAUGUUCUACCCCACCACCGCACAGGCCAUUCGCAAAGGCAAUGAGGGGGUGGUGCGGGGGCGCUGGCUACUCUGGGGAAGAGUGGGGGAGUUUUGGGGUCCCAGAGAAGCUGGUAAUCUUUAUAAAGUGGAUGAAAAUUGUCACUGAUGGGGGGUGUGAUAGGGUAAUGGGGGUUGGGAGGGGACACUUUUUCCAGUGUUAAGUGAGUGGCCUAAACAGGAAGGAGUGCUGAGAGGAGGAAAAACACCUGCCCAGCCUCGUUAUUCUCCAUUAGGCUGCUUUGAAUGUGGAGACCACCAUCUCUAUUGUUAUCGUGACCUCCCCCACCCCCCCAAACCAGGACGCCCA